AUGUCUAGCCCAUGCAGUGGCCGGCUUGCCGAAGUCUUGGCUGUGGCGGUGCUGGCAGUCAAUCUUGGCGUUCUCGCCACCAAGGAAACAGAGACAGGUUCGGCGCCAUCCAUCUGCGAAGAGAGUCAGAUCAUGAUGGACCCUGCCGAGAUUGACCUCAUGCAAGCUUUUCUACAUCCUGAGGUGGUAAUGUUUGAGUUUGGCUCAGGUGGAUCCACGGUGGCUUUCUCCAGAUUGGUGAAGAAGCUUUAUGUCGCCGAGCAUUCUCCUACAUGGGCGGCUGAGGUGCAACGACGCUGUGACGCCCGAGGCAUCAGCAACGUGGAGAUUCUUUCAGCCUUGCCCAACCGAACGGCCUUGGAUGGCAUCGGCGCUACCGACUGUGGCAUCUUUCGACCGCAGAUGGUCUUUGAUGAGCAAGAUCCAUUGCGGAGAACCUAUGGACCCAACUUGGAUCCCAAGUGGCGAGAUGCCUCUGCAAGCGAGCGGACAGCGGUCUUCAGUGAUUACUUGAAGUUGAUCCAAAUGACCAAUGAGUCGCGAUUUGACGUGGUGCUGGUCGAUGGCCGGGUACGUGGUGAGAGUGCGAUUGCUGCCUUACCUUACGUAGACGAGAGGUCGGUAGUGAUCAUCCACGAUUGGUAUUUGGAAGAAUGGGGUUAUGAAUUUCUUCCCGAUGGUACUCAAGAUCUGUCCACUCCUGUCAAGGUCGCUCCGCGCAAUACACAGAAGAGCUAUCGUCAAGUUCUGGAUUUGUAUGAGAUUAUAUGCAGAGUCUCUCCACAGUCACACCCCUCGGGUUGCAGUCGAGCAGGAAUGGUGGUCUUGCGCAAGAAGUUGAAACCAUCAGCAACAAUAUAA